GCUGCUAACAGCCAUGAGUGACUGAGAACACUUGUUAAAUAUAGUUCUCCACUACACUCAAGAGUUCUACACUCUCCUGCCCAGGAACAACAGGGGAAAAGGCAGGGUCUUGGCUUCUGACAAAGGCUGUAUGCACUUACAGUAUCUACCCUCCUCUCCAUCUAUCUCUGGAUAUCUCUAUUUGAAGGGAAAACUGUGGCAAAAAGUGACAGUUGAAGCAACUCUGACCACCUCCUCUUGUCUGCUGGUCUCUCAUUCACUCACUCACUCACUCACUCACUCACUCACUCACUCACUCACUCACUCACGCAUCGCCUCACUGUGACUCUGCUGACCCAAACCCCUGGGUUAGGACAAAGCUUCAGACGGCUUUUCAUUGCCUCUAACUUUGACAGGAGAGAAGAGGAGAAGCAAGGUAGAAGAGAAGAGUAACAGGAGAGAGGAUGGAUAUCUUUUGACAAAUCUAGCUUUAUCAUGCUGUCUCUUUUUGACACACACAGUCAAGGUAACUGAAGUGCAUUGAGACAUUGAGGAGACACUGUUUUUACUGUGUGACUUGAUUCUCAGUAACUCAGAUAUUCACUUUUUAACCUGUCGUCACCUGUGAUUUGGAACCAUUGAGAACAGGUGAGAAUGCGGUCCAGGAGCAGCACAGCCAUGGAGGGCCCAGAUGACAGACAGAUAAACCGGGUUACCCAGCCCACCAAAGCCUUCACCAAAGAGGAGGAGAACACACUAGAGAAACAGAAGGAGGGGAAGAUCCAGACAGUGGAGCCUGGAAAGGUGAAAAGGCCCCAGAGAACCCCAGAGAGCUGCAGAGGACAACAGAAUGCAGCAUGGGUGACGGAACUCUCUAAGGAGGAUUUUCUCCGUCUGCUGGGGGUCAUGGAGGGGGAGGUGCAGGCCAGAGAGGACAUCAUCCACAUGCUGAAGUCAGAGCGUCCCCAACCCGAAGCCCUGGAGGCCCAUUACGGCUCAGCUGCCCCCAUCAAACCCCUCCAGGCCCUGCAGAGAGACAGCCUACUGACCAACAACACUUCAACGCUAGGGGACGACGUCUACCAGAUGCCCAUGCAAGAGUUGGACCGGCUGGAGGAGAAGCAUCGCGAGACUUAUAGGCGUAUGCUGGAGCAGCUGCUGCUAGCUGAGAAGUGUCACCGCCGCACAGUUAACGAGCUGGACAAUGAGAAACGCAAACACACCGACUUCAUGAACAAGAGUGAUGACUUCACCAACCUACUGGAACAGGAGAGGGAGAGAUUAAAGGAGCUGCUGGAGCAGGAUAAGGUGUACCAGGCUUGUAAAGACAAGGAUCAGAGCAGGAGGCUAGAGAAGGUCCGUGAGGAGCUGGUCAAACUCAAGUCCUUUGUCCUGAUGCUGGUGGACGAGCGGCAGCUCCACAUCGAGCAGAUCGACCAGCAGAGCCAGAAGGUCCAGAACCUCAGCAGCGAGCUCCAGGAGAGAGAACAGCGACUGGUCGCUGUCAGCGGCAACGCCAAGGAGGACAGCCAGAAGGUCCACAAACUCGAGGUGGAGCUAGAGUGCAAAGCCACCAAGUUCACCCAGGAGCGUGAGGAGAUGACUGCCAAGCUGGCCAACCAGGAGUUCCAGAGCCGCCAGCUCCGCCUGAAGCUGGCAAGCCUGGCCCACAGGAUCGAGGAGCUGGAGGAAAGCAACAAGGCACUGCAGAAGUCAGAGGAAGACCUCCUAGAGCUGAGGGACAAGAUCAGCAAGGGGGGUGGGAACUCCAGCCUCAUGGCGGAGCUGGAGACACUGCGCAAGAGAGUCCUGGAGAUGGAGGGCAAGGAUGAGGAGAUCACCAAGACAGAGAGCCAAGCCAGGGAGCUAAGGAAGAGGCUACAAGACGAGGAGACCACUGGCCGGGAGCUGAGGCUGGAGGUGGAAAAAUUGCAAAAGAGAAUGGGGGAGCUGGAGAAACUGGAGAGAACUUUCAACAUGAACAAAUCAGAGUGUGCAACACUUCAUGUUAACAUAGUAAGAGAGAAAGGACUGGCAAAUGACUUAGCUGGUGAGCUGGACACAGUUAAAAAACAUAUGAAAGAACUGGAGAACUCUGAAUCGAGACUUGAGAAAGCAGAGAUGGGCCUAAAGGAUGACCUGAUGAAGCUGAAGUCAUUUACAGUGAUACUAGUGGAUGAGAGGAAGAACAUGACUGAGAGAAUAAAACAAGAGGAGCUAAAGAGCGAUGAUUUAAAUAAGAUGUUCAAAACUGAGCAGGGUAAGGUUAUGGAAGUCACAGAAAAGUUGAUUGAGGAGAGCAAAAAGUUCCUCAGACUGAAAUCAGAAAUGGAGGUAAAAGUGACGUCGCUUACUAAAGAGAAAGAUGAACUGAAAACAAAACUCGCAAGUGAAGAGGAAAAGUGCAGGGAUCUUAGCUUCAAGGUCGACGUGAUGAAAAAACAAAUGAAGGGGCUAGAGGAGGCAGAAAGAGAAUCAUUAAAAAGCAGAGCUAAUAAGGACAAAAUAUCCCUAGCUGAGCACAACAAAGUCAACGAGCUAACGCAGGAAAUCGAAAGACUCAAAAACCGCCUAAAACAGCUAGAGGUGGUGGAAGGUGACCUGAUGAAGACAGAGGACGAGUACGAAUUACUGGAGAAGAAGUUUCGAACGGAGCACGACAAGGCCAUUGUUCUCGCUCAGCUGCUGGAUGAGAUGAAGAGUCAGACCGCCAUGAACAAGGCCAUAGAGAAGGGAGAGGCGGUGAGCCAGGAGGCUGAGUUAAGGAUUCGCUGCAAAAUAGAAGAGGCCAGAGCCAGAGACCUGCAGGCAGACGUCCAGGCCCUCAAAGAGAAGAUCCACGAGCUGAUGAACAAGGAGGACCAGCUCUCCCAGCUGCAGGUAGACUACUCCCUCCUCCAGCAGAGGUCCAUGGAGGAGGUUGACAAGAAGAAGAGCCUGAGCCAGGAUGUGGUCAACCUCACCAAAGAGCUGGAGGUCACCAAGCGCUACAGCCGCGCCCUGCGUCCCAGUAUGAAUGGGAGGAGGAUAGUAGAUGUCCCAGUCACCUCCACCGCAGUGCAGACAGAUGUAGUGGUCAAUGAGUUUGUUGAGGAGGACACACCUGCAGUGUUCAUCAGGAAAUCUGUCCUGGAGGAGAACCAUAUUAUGAGCAACCUGAGACAGAGGGGUCUAAAGAAGCCUGUAACCGUGCUGGAGCGCUACCCCCCUGCAGCCACUGAUCUGGGCCUGAGAAAAUCUUGGAUACCUUGGAUGAAAAAGAAUGAUGCAGUGACGAUCACUCAGACCACCCCAGAGAAGACCCUAUCCCCUCAGGUUAAUGGGGACUAUUCCGCUCGUCCACCCGAGCUGACCAUGUCCCAAAAGCCAGGCCAGCCGCUGCACAUCCGAGUGACCCCCGAUCACGAGAAAAGCACUGCCUCCUUGAAGAUCACUGGCCCUCGUGCUGAGGACUUCUUCUCCAGCGCCACCAUCAUCCCCACAUUGGGCCUUCAGAGGCCCCGCAUCACCAUUGUUCCCAAGCCCACCACCGUGUCCUCAAAGAGCAAGCCAGGUGAGGGCAUGAUGGGUGGGCCUGAGCGGUGCAAGUCUCCAGUCACCAUCACCACCAUCUCCAGGGCCAAGUCCCCAGACAGGAGUAAGGGCUCCUCCUACUCAGACUCGAACAGACCUCUCUCCCCCGUCUCCAUCGUCACAGUGAACACCACUCCAGUGGCCUUUGCCUCCACAUCCCCUGAGACCCAUGAUAUGAGCACCAUGGGCCGGGCUGUGUUCAAGGUGACCCCAGAGAAGCAGUCGUUGACGCCUGUCCGAAACUACAACUCCAAUGCCAGUAUCAUCACCACCACAGAGGACAACAAGAUCCACAUCCACCUGGGAGCUCAGUUCAAGAGGCCAUCACACCGUAGCAGUAGCAGCCCCACGGUGACAGUAAGGCCCCUUUGUGUGAGCACAGAGAGCAAGGAGGCACCCACAGGUACGGUGCUGCGCUCCCCAUGUCAACCCAACAACACCGCCAUGCCUGGGAAGACUACGCCAAGCAAAUUGACCAGCAGCAUCACCAUCACCCCCAGCACCUCUGCCCUAUCCAGGCCAACUCAGUCUGUACCCGGGGCGGAUGUGCAGUCAACUCGGGCCACGGCCACACGAAUCCCUAUGCCAAAAGGUAUGAAAACAGGCAAGGCAGUUGUGACAGGCGUUUCCACUGUGACACGGAUAGAGUCGCGAGCCGAGAGCCAGUCUAUGAAAAUUGAACUGAAGAGGUCAACAGUCUGCAGCUCUACCUCCUCAGGGGGAGGGAAGUGCUGAGGGCCACAUGCUGCCCCCACUAUCUAUCUAUGGACUCAGAGUCCCCCAUGAGUCAAUUCUGACCAGUCUUGCCAGCCAAAAACAGAAUAGGAUACUGUAGCCAGUGUUGGAUUUCAUCUGCUCACAGAUACACAGAGAAUAGCUCUAUCAGAAACCACAGACAUGUCUAUUUUCUCCAUUUCAAACAUUGGGGCAGCACAUUGAAAUUAGAUUGUAUUGUAGUUUUGUAUGUUUCCCAAAAAUAUUUGUAUAUCCAUGUUGAUUUCAAUCAGGCUGUGUGGCACGUUGACCAGAAUGCAUUUCCAUGCAUGUUUUAAUUAGACCAGAAUGCAAUGUUUUUUUUUUUGAUUGACACAAUGUUAUUAGUCCCUCAUCAGGCUUGUUGUCACACAGAGUUGUUGAUAUUUUUUGGUUUCAUAAUUCAUGUUGUUAAAGGUCUAAUGUAGACAUUUAUCUAUCUAAAUAUCAAAUCAUUUCUGGGUAAAAAUUAAGUACCUUAGUGUGAUUGUUUUCAAUUAAAAUGGUCAAAAAGGAAACAAAAAUAGCAUUUUAGCAAAGGACCAUUUCUCAAGCAAGAAUUUAUGGGAAUGGCCGGAGAGGGGAAAACUGAAAAUUAGCUGUCUUUACAAACAGCUCUUACACCAAAAGGGCAUUAUCAUCAUAUUCACAAUAUUAUUUCAACCUCAUAGUGUGAAAAAUAUAAACACAGGAUAAUCACAUUUUUGACUGCACUGGGCCUUUAAUAGUUUUGUUUAUUUCACCAUUUCUUAUGGAGGUUUUGGAAUACGGUACAGUAGCUCUUAUGAAUUGUGUGUAAAAUACCUUUUGAUCAGUCAUCAACAACACUAAUUUGUGCCACAUUUUAAAAAAUAUAUUUUUCUUUGGAAUAAAGUACGACUGUUUGUUUAUAUUAUUCAUGUGGAGAUAUUACAAUGCAAAAUCUUCUUGAUGUUCACUAAAUAAAGAAUUUUGUGAAAGCAGGAGAGUGAGAGUAACAAACAGGAAACCUUCCAUGUUUGAGUGUUUUAUCCAUACUACUCUCAUAGAGGACUCCUCUUUAUAUCUGUAUCAUUACAGCGUCUGUGACAGCAUGGGCAGCGCCAUCCCGACCCGGUUGUCUACUUUGACUACUGUAAAAUAGCGCAAGCCCUCAAUGGCAAUGUCCAUGCUAAAACAGGUUCCAUCCAUGAUGAGUCCUCUAUCUCUAUGACUGCUCUGUAGAAUGACAUCUGUAAAAUGGCUUACAGCAUGUCAGAGAAGACUAAACAAAAAUUAACUCUUCAUCUGUAAUCUUGCAUGUCCAUAAUGUUUUAGGGACAGAUUGAAAUUUACUGGGUGGGAGGAGAUGGUCCAACUCAAGGUGUCAUUAAAAAACUAAAUGCAUCCCUCUCCUCAAAGUAAAAAAUAUUUUCACAUAAUGUUUACGACCACAAAUAUCAAUAACUGUAGCGACCCUGUGUUUAUAAUUGUAAAUAUCAACGUUGCCACAGCAUGCUUUUGUGGAACAGUCGAUGCCACGCAGGUCUAUGGGCCAGAAGGUUGAGGUUUCGCCGACCACCACAGACAAGCUCACUCUCCCUGCA